AUGGGGGUCAAAGACUUGAAGCACAUGUUUGAUCGAUUAGAUUUGCAUCAUAAAAAACCCGAGAAAUACUCUAGACCAAAGUUUCCAACUCCUAAAGAUAACAAUGACAACAUAUUUGCCAAACCAAUAGCCACCGGGCAACCCCCUGAAAUAUUCAGACGAGUCCAACACAACCAAUUGCCAGUAGGGUGUUGCUGUCAAGAAUCAGAUUGUCCUAUUCAAACCAAUAACUUUUAUAACAACUUGACAUUGGGUGAUCAAACUUGUCCAAUUUGGACCUUACCUUAUUCUCUUUGGUAUACCACUGACCCUGGACAAGUGCCGGGAUUGGCAUUUAAUCAUACUGAGGCAUCCCAAAGAGUUUUUGGACCCGAUCCUGAUGCAAAGACUGCUCAAUAUUAUUUUAAUCCUCCCAAGAUUAAAUCGUUUGUAUUAUCAGGUGAAAAUUUCACAGAUAUAAAGUUGAGUUUGGAGAACCAUAACAAGUUUUCCGUUACUGCAUUGCUUUCAAAUUCUUCAGGAGGAAGGGUUAUAAUUCCAUUAGUUCAAGGAAUGGGCUAUAUUACUUCAAUUUAUCAAAAUGUAAAGCCUUUAAUUAGUUCACAGGUUGGGUUUCAAGAGUUUAGUAAAUGCAAUAAUGUUGGAGAUCUCAAGAAAUACAAAGUCAUGCUAUUUAAUCAGGUAACAUGGUCAAUCUAUGUACAAGGUGAUGUGGAAUUAUCUCUCAAAGAUCCAAAUACUAUAGUUGGUGAUAGACCAGGUAAUAAUACCUUAAUUCAAAUUGCCCGUGGUUUAUCCCAAGAUUAUGAUGAUAGUGCUGGUUGUUAUCAAGAAAGAGCAGAUAUUUCAGCAAAUGUAUCUGGUAGCAAAGGUACAUACAAAUUAUCAUACACAACCAAAGGAAAUUCCAAGUGUGGAUCAGGAUUAGUAUGGUGUCUUCCUCAUCAUCAAGAGGUAUUGAUUGAAAAAACCAAAGAAUCAAUAACGGAACUAGUUUUGGACUCUCCCACAAAAGGAGAAAUGAAAUCAUACAAGACAAACGAGCUAGUAAUGGAAGAACAACUUCCAGUAGAUAUCACUUGGGAGCCAUGGUCUUCAUUCUCUACAAAUAAUGGAUACUCUGACCAUGCCAAGGAUUUGAUCAGACGAGCAGCGCAAGAGGAAGCUAACCAAGAUAUUGUUGGAAUGGCUAAUAUUGAUUCCAUGUAUACUUCUGGAAAAAUUCUUGAUAAAUUUGCUUAUAUUGCCUAUGUUUGUCAUUAUAUAUUACAAGAUUCCGAUUUAACAGAAAAAGUUCUUCCCCGAGUUAAGCAAGCAAUUGAAAUAUUUGCUAAAAAUACUCAACAAUUUCCUUUGGUUUAUGACCGUUCAUGGAAGGGGUUAAUUUCAAGUGCCGAACCAGGAGCAGAUUUUGGAAAUUCAAAUUAUAACGAUCAUCAUUUCCAUUAUGGUUACCAUAUUCAUGCAAUUGCACUUGCUGCCCAUAUUGAUCCAGAUUGGUUACACAGUAAUGAUGAUUUAGUUUUCAAUUAUGCCAAUACUCUUUUGCGAGACACAGCCAGUCCCUUUGCCGAUGAGUUCUUUCCUGAAUCUCGGUCAUUUGACUGGUUCCAUGGCCAUUCAUUUGCCCAUGGGAUAUUUGCAUCUGGUGAUGGGAAAGAUGAAGAAUCUUCUUCAGAAGAUUAUCAUUUUGCCUAUGGGAUGAAACUUUAUGGUAUUAUAGUUGGUGAUAAGUCUAUGGAGCAUCGUGCCAAUUUAAUGCUCGCCAUUAUGAAACGGGCAAUGAAUAUGUACAUGCUUUACACCAACGACAACAAAAUCCAACCUGCUAAGUUAAUUGGAAAUAAGGUUUCAGGAAUCCUAUUUGAAAACAAAAUCGAUUUUGCAACUUACUUUGGUAGAGGCACAAUUGGUGAUGAAUGGAUCCAUGGAAUUCACAUGUUACCAAUUACUCCAAUUUCCUCAUUUAUAAGAAGCCCCAAAUUUGUGAAGGAAGAAUGGGAGCAGAAAUUAUCAGGUAUAGUGGAACAAAUUCCAGAUGGAUGGAAAGGUAUUUUGAUGCUUAACAAAGCUCUUUUCGAUCCAAAGUCAGCCUGGGAUUGGUUUUCGUCUGAUAACUGGAACCCAGCUUUGAUAGACAAUGGAAUGUCCAGAACCUGGUCAUUAGCAUAUAUUGCAGGAGUAGGAGGAUAUUAG